GGCACUUUCUCGCUGGUAUAAUAAUGAUACCCGACACGGAGACUGCGUGUUGCUUCUACCCCUCCCGCAUAUCCGAUCCAAAUACCCCCGGUGUCAGUUCGGAACCCUUCAGCUCUGGAGAAACAUGGCCGAGAACGAGAUAGCAGUUGACAACGCAAGGAAUACUUCAAUUGUGGUUGAUGACACUGUUUCUGAACUGGACUCAACCUUCAGUGAUUGUGGAAGUGACACUACCUCCCUGAGAUCUAGCAUCCUCAAAUAUCACUUUGAGAAUGGCCGUCGGUACCACUCCUUCCAGGAAGGAAGAUAUCCCCUCCCCAAUGAUGAAAAGGAACAAGACCACAUGGAUAUCCUGGGACACAUGUUUUCGCUCAUUCUUGAUGGGAAGUUAUUCUUGGCUCCCAUCGACGAGCACCCUCAGCGAAUUCUGGAUUUAGGAUGUGGGACAGGGUUGUGGGCGAUUGAAAUGGGUGAUCUGUAUCCCUCUGCACAGGUCAUUGGAAAUGACCUUAGUGCAAUCCAACCCACAAUGGUCCCCCCAAACGUCCAGUUUGAAAUUGACGACAUAGAAUGUGAUUGGACCUACAAGACUCCCUUUGACUUUAUCCAUGCUCGGUUCUUGGCCAUGUCCAUUCGCGAUUGGCCUAGACUGUUCCGGCAGACAUUUGAAAACCUUAAGCCGGGAGGUUAUGCUGAGUUCGUGGACUUUGACCUGUUGGUAUCCUCUGAUGAUGGCAGUCUGAAAGAAACACAUGACAUACGCAUCAACGCUGUCGAGGGGGUCCGGGCAGCAGAUAAAAUGGGCCAAACUGCCAGACCAGGGCCGAAGUUGAAGGAAUGGGCUGAAAGCACUGGGUUUGUGAAUAUAAAAGAGCAUGUGUUCAAAAUCCCAUACGGGCCUUGGGCAAAGGAUCCUCAAUUGAAAGAGAUUGGAGCCUGGAACCAGCUUCAGGCCUUGGAAGGCAUAGAAGGCUGGACCAUGGCGCUGUUCUGUUGAGUACUUGGGUGGUCACAAGAACAAGUGCAGGUGCAUCUUGCUCGGGCACGGAAGGAUUACCACAAUCCUAAUAUUCAUGCUUAUUUAACCCUAUAUCUUGUGUAUGGCCAGAAGCCGUAGCUGGAGAAAGACAAGAAGGAGACCAGCGAUGAGUGAACCAGUUUCUCCUAUAAAGAAAUGGAGUUGCUGUAGUCUGGCAUCGACGAUACUGGCACUGUCCCGGUCCAUUCGUAAUGGACCUUUUCAAAGGCCAACGCUCAAGCGCAGUUUUCCAACAGAAGUAUACGAAAUCAAUUCAUCAAUAUCAUUGCAUGCAGGCAUUAUUCAUUCAGACUCUAUCGAGAGCUCUUUUCCUUCGGUCUCUGGCCGUAUACGACAUACCUGGUUCCCAUUCAUGAUCUUCCGAUCCCGACUGUGAGAUUACCAGAACUACUUAGUUUUCUUUGCUCCCUGGGAGGAUCCGACCUGUCCG